UCUAAGCCGUUCGUUCAGUUCAGCUGCAGACAAAAGGGGGCCCGGCUCACAAUGCUUAGAGACUAAAACCUGGAUUCUACACUUUUAUCUGCUCUCUUCAUUCUCUUCACUGGAUCUGUAGAAGAUGAGACAAGUUCCAGAGGCUCUGGCUGCAUGGUGCUGUGGACGUUAAGGAAUACUUCAACACCAUACUCCCCUCCACAUCUCCACUGAAUCCUCACACCACAGAAAAGUGGAGAGGACAAGCCUGUCUUACCUCUGAGGGAUUCGUGGCACCACUUAAAGGUGGAGCCAACCCCGGUGCCACAAACUCUGGAAGGAUGAUGAACAGCUUCUAGUGGAUUUUCUCUCUUUGUCAGAACAGAGUGUGUAGUGAGGAAUCAAGACACUGUUUUCAGAUAACGGGGGAGGAAAAACAUAGGCGCAGAGAAAAAUGCCUUUUGGUGGUUUAGCUGGUUUGAAGGAACAGGUGCUGAAGCCUGGGAAGGAGGAAGUGAAGAGCACAGUGGGGGACUCUCUAGGAAAGCUGCAAAGGAAAAUAGAUGGUAGUAACGUAGAAGAAGAGGAUAACAUUGAACUGACAGAGGAUGGACGUCCGGUGGCUUCAGCGCCACAUUCUCCCCCACUGCUGGACUGCAGCUGUGGAGGUCUGCCCAAGCGCUACAUCAUCGCCAUCCUCAGCGGGCUGGGCUUCUGCAUCUCCUUUGGCAUCCGCUGCAACCUCGGUGUGGCCAUUGUGGAGAUGGUGAACAACAACACCGUCUACAUCAACGGGACUCCUGUGCUUCAGAAAGCUCAGUUUAACUGGGACCCGGAGACAGUGGGGUUGAUCCACGGCUCCUUCUUCUGGGGUUACAUUGUCACUCAGAUCCCUGGUGGUUUCAUCUCCAACAAGCUGUUUGCCAACAGGGUGUUUGGGGCUGCCAUUUUCCUGACGUCAGUGCUCAACAUGUUCAUCCCGUCAGCAGCGAGGGUGCACUACGGCUGUGUCAUGUUUGUCCGCAUCCUGCAGGGCUUAGUGGAGGGUGUCACCUAUCCAGCAUGUCACGGGAUGUGGUCAAAAUGGGCGCCACCUCUUGAACGGAGUCGACUGGCCACAACUUCAUUCUGUGGAUCCUACGCAGGAGCAGUGAUCGCCAUGCCUUUAGCUGGAGUGCUCGUUCAGUACGUCGGAUGGUCUUCGGUCUUCUAUGUCUAUGGUGUUUUUGGGAUCAUAUGGUAUGUCAUGUGGCUCCUGCUGGCAUAUGGAAGUCCCGCUGAACAUCCCACAAUCUCUGACGAGGAGAGGACGUACAUCGAGACCACCAUUGGUGAAACAAUGCGCCAACUGAGUGUCACUGAGAAAUUCAAGACUCCAUGGCGUCGUUUCUUUACAUCCAUGCCCGUCUAUGCCAUCAUUGUGGCCAACUUCUGCCGCAGCUGGACCUUCUACCUGCUCCUCAUCAGCCAGCCGGCAUAUUUUGAGGAAGUCUUUGGCUUCCCCAUCAGCAAGGUGGGGAUCCUGUCCGCCGUACCCCACAUGGUGAUGACAAUUGUAGUUCCUAUCGGAGGGCAGCUGGCUGACUUCUUACGCAGUAAUAAAAUCAUGUCUACCACAAAUGUGAGGAAACUCAUGAACUGUGGAGGGUUUGGUAUGGAGGCUACUCUGCUGUUGGUGGUGGGGUUUUCUCACACUCGAGGGGUUGCCAUCUCCUUCCUCGUUCUGGCUGUAGGGUUCAGUGGAUUCGCCAUCUCAGGUUUUAACGUCAAUCAUUUGGAUAUUGCUCCUCGCUACGCCAGCAUCCUGAUGGGCAUUUCUAACGGGGUGGGAACGCUGUCAGGAAUGGUGUGUCCUCUGAUUGUUGGAGCCCUGACAAAACACAAGACUCGUCUGGAGUGGCAGAAUGUCUUUGUUAUUGCGUCCAUGGUGCAUUACUCAGGGGUCAUCUUCUACGCUAUCUUUGCCUCGGGAGAGCAGCAGGACUGGGCCAACCCUGAGAGCACCAGCGAGGAUAAAUGUGGCAUUAUUGAUGAGGACGAGCUGGCUGAAGAGUCAGAGCUCAACAUGGAGAGUGCGGUGGCUCCAAAAAGGAGUUAUGGCACCGCAGACAAUUCAUCUGGUCGAAUACAGGGCUGGAAAAAGAAGAAAGGGGUGACCAUGCAGGAGGAGGAGGAACAUUUUGGGAAUGGCGACUACCAGGACCGUUACCAGUGAGACGCCCUGUGGGGCAAAGGACUUCCAAAACAUUCUGGAGGAGGCUUAAAGAUUGAUAUCACACCUGUGGAAAUGUCAGAAACAUCAGAGAACUGACAGGAGCAGCAACAUCAUAUGUACCUCAAGACGGCCGUUUUUCAUUUUUGGUCAAUACUCCAGUAUAACUGUGAUGUACUGUAACGUCAAAAAAUGAUCAAAUCAAGCAUAAUGUUUAUUAGAAAUCCAUUAGGACAAAAUAAGAAACAAGGAAACAACAAAUACAUGAUAUAAUCAGAACAAUAGAUUUAAUCUACACUGACAUAAACUGUAGACUAGUAUGCUUAGUGUAACAGAAAGUGAACCACAGACCAACAUUCAUGAACCAACUGUGUUAAAAGAACGUUAGAAACACAUAUCAGCUUUUAAACCUGACUUUACUUUCCCUGUGAACAGUUUUUAAAAUGUUUUGUGUCAGCUAUGCAACGUGAAAAGAGAUGUGCUUCUGGAAUGUAAUAAUGGGUUUAACAGCAGUGUUAAUGUUAUGAGCCUUAUUUUUAUUUAUUUUGCUUGUAUGUAUUUGCUGUUGCUGAAUGAUUGCACUUUGUCGCCGCUUAGCUCGCUCUCCUCGUCCGAGCAGGUCUUGGUUCACCAUGCACUUCCUCCGGCAUUAUGUCAGCUCCAUUAUUUAUGGUGUUGUGAGCUCAUAAUGGGACGUAAUGGAUGGUGAGUUCAGUGCUGACGUCACUCCAUGAAGCAUUUAGUGUAACUAUUUAUUCUCCAGGUGUUUGUCUUUUUUGCAGUUCCUCGGUGUUUGAUACAUGGAGACCCAGUUUGGUUCUAAAAACAACGUACUGUAAUGUUUAAUCAUAAAAGAGUAUGGGAACACUCACUGUUUAUCAUUACUGCUAAAGAAGAGACAUUUUGUACAGUAAAUUAUUAUCUUAUUGUUUGAGAGAGCAUUGAUUUGAUUUGCACUUUACUUGAAAACACUGGAGAUGUAAUAAACUACAUUUCUAUUCUGUAUUGAGAUUGUUUAGAGACAUAAAGUCCUGUGGAGGUUUUGAAAUAUUGAGUACUUGUAUGAGGUUCAUGUUAAUGUGUGUAUUCAAAGAAAUUAUAAAGAUAAUCAUCAAAUUGCAAACUGUGUGCAAUGGAGAACAAAACAGAGUCUAACGCCAUGCUAGAAGCUCUCCAGGGCUGUACUUUGUGGCAGCCCGUUGUUGCAUUGUGCUGGCAAAGGGACAGAAGUUGACGCAUCCACCCGAGUGUUCUAUUUCCAUCACUGCUGAUCAAAGCAGAUCAAAGCUAGAGACAGUAAAUACCCAUGACUACUAUAAAGUCUCACCAGAGGGAGAUAUUUUGUGAUCUAGGGACAUCUGAUGAACCUAACAGACCUAAUGGAGUCCAGACACUGGUGGUGGUGGUGGCUGCUGACUCUGAGGCUGCUGACUGCUGAGGCAGAUGAGGCUGAUGAAUCUGUAAAGACUAGGUGGCAAUAGGGAGGUAGAGGGUACGCAUGGCGGCAGCAAGAAAGAACUAUGCCAGAGUAAGAACCAUAUUUAAAAUGAGGAGCAGUAAGAUGAUAGGCUGACAGAGAAGGUGUGUUGCUGUGCUGUUGAUUGAUUGUGAUUCAGCGGAUGACUCAAUUGACACCUGGAUGACACCUACAGAUAGUGAGUGAGCAUGCGUGCAAGGAGUGAAUGGCAGAAUGAGGAAGAAAACGUUCAGCCUGAGCAUGAAAAGUAUUGUCUACCUUACUGAACUUUUGCUAGAGAUACAUUUGUCCUGAAAGUGGGAAAGGGGCUUUAGCGUAUCUGCUCUCUAGGUUGGGGGGGAGUUUUAGGUGUCCUUGGCCAGGGGCUUAUUGUCUAAUAUUCUGCCUAUGCUGCUAGAUGAAACAUUAA